GCGAUGACGAACAGUGAAGCCGGGCAGCCGUCCAUAUGUGAGGCACUAUAGGCCCACUCCCAGAUAUAAAAUCCUUUAUAUCAUGCGUAAAAAAAAGGAUAUACUGUUCCUCAUGGAAAUUAAACAUCAUACAACAUGACCCAUGCUGGAAAUGGCAUGUCUAAAUGACAUACAAUGUUUGGCAUAAAUUAAUAUUUAAUAUAUGGGCCUUUGAAAAAAAAAAAAGUCACAAAACUAGAAAACUGCUAGUCAUCAGAGGGAAAAAUAAGCCUGUAAAAUCACGGCAGAUAAAAUAAUUCAAAGUUACAAUAAUAAUAAUAAUAAUAAUAAUAAUAAAAAUAAUAAUACAAGAUUGGACUUUCAGCAGACUCCCCUUUAAAAUACGAUUAUCUGCCUAAAUACUUCACUUGUAUUUAAAGGAAUCCAGUUUUCUGUCUGAUAUUAUAAUGCCUCUAAAUUGACCCUUCUCUCUCUCUACCCCCUGGAGUCUUUACCACCAGGGGGCAGGCGAAACCUUUCUACAACGCCCGGCUGUCAUUGUGUCAAGCUCGGAAUACGCAGCCUCACAAAGACCGGAUACGAGGGAUUGUUGUAGAAGUAGAGCAUACAGUUGCCAAAGAGUCAACACCAAAGCUCAAUUUAGUAUACCACUGUGUAAUCCACAUAUUAUUCUAGGCCUAUUUUAUAAUUAAAUUCAGCCAGUAAUAUGUUGGUAAAUUUGUCAAAGUAGUUGUCUUAGGUCUUAAACCUUCCAAAAUGUGGAAAAACAUUGUAAGUUUUGAGUGAGGUUAAAUUGUUACUCCCUCGCCUGCAUCAUUCAAAUGGAGGAUAUAUGAGAAUACUAGAAUGAACAUCUGAUUUGCAGCUUCAAACCUGGUUGUCAAGGAAAGGUUUAAGAAAAAUUAAGAACUUUUUUUGAAUUGUCUGUCGUCUCAUUUGUAAUGUCUAAACUAAAGGUCAGCGACUAUUUAUAGAAGAGUUGUAAAGUCUGAUGGCUGUCAGUACAAAAGAUCUUCUGAAUCUUUCUGUCCUGAAGUGAAGAGAGAAGAGCCGUCCAUCACCAUUGGCUCUUUGGUCCAUCAAGGUGUUGUGAAGUGGGUGAUCCAUGUUCUCGAGAAUAGUCUCCACCUUCUUCAGUGUAGAUCUCUUCACCACAUCUUCCAGUAAGUCCAGCUUGAAUCCAACCACAGAGCCAGCCUUUUUCACCAGAUUGUUCCGGUCCUAACUGAAAACCACUUUACCUAAACAUGUCAAUUCUGGACAAGAUUAUUGUACAAGAGUUUUCAGACUCUCUAAAACCACAAUUUCAGAUUUAUAAAAGCUUGAUUUUAUUUGUGUUAUUAAAAAUGCCAAAAUCAAUGUUCACAGUGCAGCAGGUCCUGAUCCCACAGUGCCGAUCCAGAACACCAGGGGCGUUAGACAGGCUAUUUAAAACACAGUUUCAGGUUUGUGAAACUUUAUUCUAUUUGUGAAAACGCAAAAGACUAAAAAUGUCAGUUUUAUUUCUAUGGUCAUGGCCAGUAUAAUCCAGGGGUGAAAAAGGGUGAAAUCAGCCUCUUUUUUUCCAAAGACGGUGUCACAGACAGUCUGUAAACACUUUAGGACAGUCUAUUUCAAGUUUGACAAGUCUUUAUACAGUGGCUCAGGACAAGGACCUGGUCCAAGGGGGAGAAAAGACUUUGAAAUCAGCCUUUUUCACAGAUAGGUCAAAGGUUUCAUAAACACAGGAGUUUGCAGACUCUCUUGGGAUAAUCAAGUCCAGAACAGACAGGUCUGGGUAUAGUGGCUUUGAAUCAAGACCGAGACUCCUUAACAUUUUCUUGACCAGCUUCUUGAAAGUCAUGGAUGAGGUGCUCUCUUUAGCGCAGUAUGAGUAAAGAUCCCAGUAUCUUGUAAAGAGAAAGAGUUGUUCUCUCUCAGCUUCAUUACAAACAUUGAGCUGCCGUUUACCUAACCCUAACCAGUCAAGUGACCACAAGAUCAGACUGAUUUGUAGGGGAGAGUGGGGUAAGAUGAGCCAUUUUUCAUAUUUCGGAUCACUAUAUCAAGGUAAUCAUAGUUUUGUCUCAAACCAGUGUAUCUGCAUAUAUUUCAAGAUGUUGUGAAUCCCUGCAAACCAACAGAAUGAAUGUAAACAUAACUGUGUUAAAAAUAUAGCAUGCCAAAAAAAAGUGGUAUCCUAUGGUCAACUUACCCUGUGUAUGGAGUAAGUUGACCAUAGGAGCGGGGUAAGUUGAACCGCCAUUUUUACCAUUUCCAAGCAACAGGGGGUGGCUCAACUUACCCCACUACAAUGUUGGGGAAGUUACUCCAAAAAAGUGAUUCGUUACUUAUUACUCAUUACUUCUGAAAAGUGUAAUGAAUUUACUUUACUCAUUACUUCAUUUGAAAAUUAACGUCACUACUUAUUACUUUACUUUCCUGUUUUUUAAUCUACCGUUCAGAUACAUGCACAAACUUCAUAGCGCCAUAACUUGGUGUUUACUGAAUAAAUGUAUACAAAAUACUUUAUACAUACAUAUAACACCAUACGAAGGAACAGUGCCUCCUAAACCUGGGAGAUUCUAUUGUGGACAGUGGAAGCAUUUCUUCUACGAUGAACCCUGCUGCCAGUCUUGUUAUUUCUUGAUGUGUUACCUGCUUCUGUGCUCCGAUGGUUGAGAAAAGCUUGGCUUGAUUAGGGGGUUGUCGGCUGCUGAUCAACUCUCUCGGUUUGCCGGAGAGCAGGCUCUUUCGCCACAAGUUUUGUACUGGCAUGAACGUUAGUCAAAUGUUUGGCGAGGUUGCUCAUAGACUUUGCCGAAGUUGAAAGCUGUCUGUCGCCGGAACAUAUGGUGCAUUUUACUCUUAUAUUUUUGUCCUCACGAGCAACAAAUUCAAAAUAGUGACUAUAUCGCCAGUUUCGCCACUUCCGUCUCCAUUUUCCCUCUUCCCGCGCAGGCGCACACCACGCAACUCUAUCACUAUGGCAACGCUCUGGCGUCACACACACAGGUAGGCAACGCCUCCGCAUGCAGGCACCGCUGACGGAUCAAAACCAUUCACAUUGGCAAACAGAGCUUGGGUAACGCAGGAAAUCGCGUUCCUCUGGUCUAGCAAAGUAGUGUAGUUACUGAUAUUUUUAAUGUAACGCCCUACUUUACUUCGUUACCCCAAAAAAGUAAUGUCGUUAUGUAAUUCCGUUACUUUGUAACGCGUUACCCCCAACACUGCCCCACUCUCCCCUACUUGGGUAGUUUACAGAUGUCAUUGUGUGUAUAUGCCAGGCUAGAAGAGAGUCUGUUCUCAGCGUAAAUUAAGGUAGCGAUUAAAAAAAUUAUGUUGAUAUGAUAAAAUUGCAUGAGAAGAAAAAGUAUUUUUCCAGUGGUUUGACGAGGCAACUUUACAUGACUCUUAUUUUGAAAUCUCUUAAAGGAAGUAGUCCCAUGAUCAUUAAAUUGAAAUUAACACUUUCUGUCCCACAGUUCGUCCUCGAUCCCUGAGGUUAUGAUCCUCCUCAGUGUGUGUGGGACCUCAAAGCGUCCAGGCGCGCUCCUUUGCAGAUAGAGGACUGUUGUGCGUCUUUAACCCCCUUAACAGCCUGAAGCAUGCCGCGUGCUCUGCGUAAAGGUUAGUGAGGGCGGAUCACUGCCGGACACCCGUGUUGUCCAGCACCCAGGGGUCGCGCCUCGUUGGCAUUGAAGACCCUCAAUUUUUUUUCUUUGCUCACCAAAAAUUUACAGAAAAAAACCCUUAAAAUGGAUCCUUUACAAAAUGAGAAUGACUGUGAGGAGGACUCGCAGUGUGCUGAAGAGGAAGAGGAGGUGGAUCCAAGAAUCCAGGUGAGAUCUUUUUCUGAAUAAGGCCAGAUGUUGUCACUAGUGAAUGUGACAUUGAGAUAAAAACCAGGGAAAAGAAGUGCUGAGUUGCUGAAGUGCAAUAUAUACGGCCAGUAAAGCUUGCCAAGUGUAAAGUACUACUUUCCCAUGUUAAUAUUACACCAUAGAUGUCUUAGUUUGAGUUUAAUAACAGUAGUAUUUGGUAGCUGGAUGUUGCAACUUCCAGGACGUGCAAGUAACUGUAUCUUUCUGUCCUUGAAUACAUUUAAAAGUACCAGCCCUGUUGUGCUUUCUCAGGGUGCGCACAGACGAGUGGCUGCAUUCUCAGUAAUUUGGUUAACUGAAGUCACACAGUCUAACCUAAAGAUACAAAAUCAGUUUCAAACCCCCUUCUCUCUCUCUGUGUGUGUCCUCUCGCUCUCUUUCCAUGCCUUCCAUGUUUUGUGUAAACAGGGAGAGUUGGAGAAGUUGAACCAGUCUACUGAUGACAUUAACCGCUGGGAGAGUGAGCUGGAGGUAAGACGAAAAACAUCAACUACCAACACUGCUAUAGUCAUUACUGCCUCUCCCUGCUGGAGUAAACACGUCCAGCCAUGGCUGAGCUGCAAAAACAAGGAGACUAUGCUUUAUACCUCCAGACUUUAUAUCUUAGGUUUUACUCUAAAGCUGUCAGAAUCUGGUGCUGCGAAAAAAUACAUCUUAUCUGCUGUGAGUUUUUGAAGCUUAUGCAUAGAAACGUCUUUCUAUUCAUGAGUUUUUAUGAAACACUGAAGCAGCAACUGUUUCUCCCGUUAAUCAAUGCUGCUCUGUCUGAAACUUGUUGCAGCAAGACCCUCAAUUUAAUUUUAUACAAGCUUAAUAAGCAAUCUGAACCCAAAGUGCUCUUUUCGUUUCCUCUGUUGCUUAGUAAGCCUUUCCUUUAUAAACACACCCAACCAUUUAAAAAGGGAAGAGGCUGUAAAAAAUGCAGAGAGAAACAACAGAAACAUAGAGACUGGUGUUUUCUUUUUUAAAGAGGUCACUCAUGUAAAUGUGUACCAGCAGAGUUACUGUUCAGCUAAAGGAAAAACAUUCCACAUGCAGGCAAUGGUUUCUCUUUUCCUCGAAGUAGGCCUCUCCUGUUUCUCAUAGACCUUCAUUCACAUCCCAAUACCGCAAACCAGCGCUGGAAUAAUUAUAACAACAGAGCAGCAGAAGCAGAGGGCAGGACUCAGGCAAACAGGCCUCAGUGUGAAAACUAUCUCAAUAUAUCAUCGAAUUGCUAUUCUUAAUCUUGAACAGGUUGAAUGGAGAUCCUCUUUACCUCUGUUUUGUAGACAUUUACUUCAUAUUCCUGUUUGUGCUUUGAAAAUAUAUGCUUUUUACUGCUCUUGUGGUUAUUUCAAGAAAUGAUAGUAUAAGUAGAGCCAAUGAUAUAAAUACACACAGGCAUAUGAAAGAGAAAAAGAGGAAGAUAAGGAAUGCAUUACAGACUGAAGCGCUGUAAUAGUAGAGAAGUGAAGAAUGUAAAUGGUGCCUCUGACAGGCUACAGGCUGUUAUCCUGCUGAGCCUGGAGUUGAUUAAUGAUGAUGUGGGGAAGAGUCAUUGGAUUUAAGAAAAGCUCAGGCAGUGAAGUUUAAUCCCUAUGUACAUAUGAGGUUCUCUACCCUGAUGACAAAAAAACUAUGAAACCUCUCCCAUCAAAUAUCAAUACAAAGAUAAAGGCCGACAGCAAGGCCAACAGAGUAUGGUGAUAGUAAAGGCUGCAUUUGUUGCCAUUUGUCCCAACUUGCAUGCUAUGUCACUAUCUCUAUACAGGAACAGGAAGUCAAGAAACAGUAUGAUGUCAUAGGAAGUGAGCUUCCUGUAGCGCCCUCUCCGUUUUCCUUCUUUUACCAUUUGCUGUAUCCCCUCAUCAGCUUUAGGAAAAGGAUGCAGGUGCUGCCGCCUUUCAAUCUCCUCUCUUUGAAGGAGAGACACAGCUGAAUAGAUGCCCUCAAUUACACACACACACAAUACACAAAAUGCACAAUGCAGUCAAUACAAACUAAUGACCUGAGAUGAGAUUGUGACAGACCUCACUGGUGGAUAACAAGUCUGCUGUACAGACUGCGCAGAUACACGUCUUUGCACUUCUGUUCCCAUAUCUUUUCAAUUUCAAGGUGAGUUCCUGCCAAAGAUUUUCUAAACAACACUCCAGGCAGCAAAAACAGAGCUGUAGAAAAUGCAAACAUCUAAAAAUGACAAUCAGCUGCUGUGCACGCAUAUGUUUUUGUACAAAGUGAUUGUUGACCGAUGACUCGAAUUAGAAGAGCUACUUUUGAGGCAGCAUGAAAGCCAAAACUGGAGACAAAUAUUAAACAUAACCACAGAGCUCUAGAGAGUUAAUGUGCAAAUAUAUAUAUACAACAGUGGUUUAAGCUUUAACAUUAGAAUACUUAGUUAAAGUGUUAUGUCUUCAAUCUUUGCGAUAUGUUUACAACGAACUUGGUUUGUUACAAAAUAGAUGGGUAGCAAAUCCCAAAAUGAAAAGAUGCAGAUGGAACACUUGAAACAGAAAAAACACCACAGAUGAAGACAAAAUAUAUAAAGAAUCAUCAAAUAUACCAAAUACAGACAUUAAAGCUUCAAUGACGUUUUUAAAUAGCGUUAUGAACUAGACAUAAUUAAUACUAGCGUCUCCUUCCCAUUGAGCAUUUUUUGGUCUAAAAGAGGUCUAAUAGACGUCUAAAUGCAGCCUAGAUGACUGGUCUAAAAUCAGGCUACUGCAGGUCUAAAAAUGAAGGUUUUUUAGAUGUCUAAAUUUAGACCAAGUUUAGACUAAAUCUAAAUCUGGGCUAUAUCUAUACUACACUGUAUAUUGCUUAACGGCUAUCAUAAUUAUUUUGGUUAAGUACUUGGAGAUAAGUUAUGCAACUCACAGUUGAUUUUUGAAAUAAAUAGUUAUCGAAUAAUGUGUUGAAGUGCAACAUCUAAAUUCCGUCUAAAAAUAUACAGCAUCUAGAUGGUUGAAAUUAGGUCUAAAAAAAAAAACUAGACGUCUAAUAGCGGUCUAUUGCUCAGUGGGUUAUGACCUAUUAAUUCCAACAAGACCAUCAAAAUAACUAUUGACUUUAUAUUGUCUUAACCCCUGGUAGAGGGUAGUUGCCAGUGGUUGUCUGUGAAACUUCAAAAGUUUUCCACAAGAGCUUCAAAUAUAAAACCAAAAGGGGAUACACUGUCUUAUGAUCAAACACAAGUGUAAGGAGGUUCUGGGUCUGGGUUCUGUUUAUGUAUUUUACAAAUUUGUUUGAAAAUGUCUUACAGGUACAUCUACCAUGGUCACAUUGUAUUAUGGGUGUUUUGAAUGCUUACACUUUUAAAUUAACAUCCAGCUUAUUAAGAAUAAUAUCCAUUCGCUUUAGUCCAGAAAUUAAAGUGUUGAAAUGUGUCAGUAUACUCUUAAGGUCUUUGCUUUUAUAUGCAGUCUAAAAUGAAGAUACUUCACUGUAGAUUACCUGACAAGAUUAACAAACAUAAUCUGUGUGUGUAAAUGUGUGCAGGACUGCCGCCAACGGUUUCGUGCAGUGCUGGUGGAAGCAACAGUGAAGCUGGAUGAGCAGGUGAAGAAAAUUGGACGAGCAGUGGACGACUCCAAACCGUACUGGGAGGCCCGAAAAGUAGCAAGACAGGUACACUUAAAUAUACAAACACAGAGACAAACACGAGUAAACAGAGUCUUAGGUCUUUGGUCUACGGAGUGAUUGUAAGGGCAUGGUCACUGAGGCUCAGCCAUGAGAUGUUUAAAGAGCUUAGCUUAUAUCUACUUAAAGAGAGCAGCAUCACGUGAUAGCUAUUUUUAAACUUAGUCUAACCUCUGUAUGCUAACCAAGGCUCGCUUUCACACACACACACACACAUUAGUUUUUAUUAAACUUGUCAUAUUCGUGCAUAAUCUGACUUGCUGUUGCUGUCUGACUACAUCCAUGUCUCUUUCCUGGAUGCACUGUUGCAAGAAGGUAGGCUAGCAGGGGAUUUCCACACUAAACAGUUCUGUCCCUUUUCCAACGGGUCAUGUCCUUUACAGUCUAUGUCUCUCCAGACUGCAAGGCGUCGAUCUGAUUGGACACAAGCAGAAAUUUAGAGUCCAGCACCCCCUCCUCUCGGCCAAUGACAGAGAAGCUUAUGAGUCAUUCAUCAGAAGGUUGACAUUUGUGUGUCAGAGCUGAGCUGUCAGGCUGAAAUAGAUUGUGUAUAUAUUUAUACUUAUGUGAGUGUGUGUAUCUUGGUAUACUGUCGCAGUAUGACAAAGUGCUGUACCUGCCAGUGGCUUCUGCUGACAGCUACACGUGAGAGUCAAGGAUUACUGAGAGGUUUGAAUUUUGAUGGGACCUGCAUUCAUGUAAAAGGAUCAGCUUAUGCUAGUUUUGUGUGUGCAGAAAGGUGUGUGUGUGUGUGUGUGUGUGCGUAUGUGUGUGUUUGUGUGUGUGAUUAUGGGGUUUCUGUACUGAAAAGCCAAUGGAGGCCUUGGGUUAAACUAGCUUAUUGUCUGGUUAUGAUUUAUGGAUGAAUAUUUAAUAUUUAAUACAUGACCUACUUCAAAGGGAUUUAAAUGCUUACCCUCAGUGACCCUAACAGAUCCAACUCACACUCACAUAUACACACACACUGUAUAUCACCUACCCCCAUCCGUAAACCCGUCUCAGCCCUCAGCCCCCCAUGUUUUCCCCCUACAUUCCAACCGUCUGGGUGGGGGUGUGUAGGAAUUUGCCUCUACUGUCCUAUCUUUUGUCCUUUUCACCCAGCAUUCUCUUCUGCAUGGCUGCCUGUCUGUCUGGCUGUCUGACUGUCUCCUUGUGCCCCCCUCAACUAUCUUCCUCAUCAUCUUCUCGAUUAUCUUGUAAUGGGGUGACUUUAUCGGGACAUAGACGUCAAGAAGUGUGACAGUCUGACACACCAGCGUUAAGUCAGAUGAUAUGCAUCAUGAAUGCAUAAGAUGACUGCUUGUCAUUGUGUUUCAAGAAUCAUCAUAUUGUUGGCCUCUGAGAGAGUCAGAUCUUGUGGGCUCCAUGACAUCAUUUAAAUGACCUGAUAACAAUACCUUUAGUUUAGAUGCUGUUCUUUGUACAGCUUUUGUGAGUGAUAGAAACUAGCAUCCUCCACCUUAAGUGCAAGCAACCCACCAAGGUGCUGCAGAUUUGCAUUUAUUCAGGUGUUAUUUGUUUUUUGCCCAGUCUUUUAAUAGUCACUGUGUUUGGUCAGCUUUGAAUUGACAACACCAUGAACAAACACCAACCCUACGUGAGAGAGGAAGUAUGCCGCCGCUCUGCACAGGAAGUUCUGAAAAUUAGGACACUUUGUGUAAUGUUUUAUCUUCUACCGAACAAAAAUAAUCGAUCGAUGCAUGAUAGUCUUUGUAUUUUCUCUGUUCCUCAUCCAUGUUUUUCUGUCUCUCAUCAAAUAUCCAUCAUGCUCCUUCUGUUAUCCCUGCACCCCUCUCAUCUAAGGGCCUGGGAAAUGGGUCAUGAUGGGAGACAAAGAGGAGGAGUUUAUCUUCACCAGUCAAACUAACACAUUAGAUGCAAAGAAACUGUUAUCUUCUUUCUUCUUCUCUAUAUCUCCUCACUGUCUCCCCACCUGGAUAUCAUAUCUAACCAAGGCAACUCUCUGAUAUCACAGCAAUUCUGACAGAAAAGCUUUCAGCCUUUAUUGUGAAGAGAUGCAGACCUGUGCUUACUUGCGUCACUGCGUGACCUUUUAUCAUAAACAUGGCUGAUGGUGACAGGGAGUCAUGUUGCAGGGGUUAAUGUGACAGAGAGCCUGGGAGGGUGGUGAGAAAAUACGUGUAACAGCUGAGAGGACUACACUGGCCUUUUGGGAGUCACUUAUGUAAAAGCUGUUAAUGUGCAGCUUGUUCCCAGACUCAUGACUAACCCUCAUGGAGUUUUCAUUGAAUUAUUAAGUAAUAUUUGCUCUAUAGGAGCCGUCAAUCAAAUCAUAGUCUUAUAUCUUCACUGUCUUCAUUAGUUCUCCUUGCUCUCAUCUUUGCAUGGUACAGGGGGUUACUUUUUGACAGAGCACUUGUAAUACCACAAGGCUGAAUGCAAUCUGUUAAAGUAAACAAAGCUGUUAAAGCUCUUAAAAGAGUCUUAAGAAAGUCUGAUGAGUCAUGGCUAACUAAAACAGAGCAAAAUUAGGAUGGACAAAAAAUUGAGCAUAGCAGUAGUUUAGGGAGGACAACGCCAAUGCAGUCAUGUUGCUUAGUGUGAAACAUUUUGUGAUGUUAGCAUUUAUAUUUACAAAUGCGUUUUUAAAACAACAUGACCAGUGCAUUGUUACAAUCUGGAUCUUAGACGGCAACAUACAACAUUCACUUGAGUAGUAAUACCAACAGAUGAGACACAAAAGCUUGUGUGAGUAUUUUAUUAAAGCAAUGUAGACGAAAAUAUUCUUGGUGCAUUAAAAUACUGCCACUGGGAACUUACAGAUUUCAGUCCUGCCUUCUGAAACAGUAGUAAAAAAAGUACAUGCAAAAUAUUUUGUAAAAGAAGAAAUAGAGUCAUGCAUUAAUCCAUUAUUCUAUGCUAUUGGUAUUAAAUACUGUAGAUGUGAUUCUCUAAGCCAGUAACAUGUUUUGUAAGAAUUAAUUGAAAGUAUAACUACAUUUGGUUAUGUUGCUGAUUUCAGAUCAUGGCUAGUAUUUCUGUCAGAAGCAAUACUAAACUGCAUUAUUCAAUAUACUGUAACAGAAUUUAUAUUAAACAGUAGCCAGAUACUGUUAUGAUUUUAAUGUCAUCACUGGGGAUGGAAAACAUGUUCUGGUUGAGAGAAGAUAAUUGUGUGAUUGGCUUUGCGAGGGGAGCUGCUGAUAUAAUGGCAGAUAGAACCAAAAUGCUGCUGAUUGGCCGACCUAUUAAUUUGUUUAACUAACACUUAAUUUCCCUGUUUGUAAUGAGAGUGUAUUUUUGUGCAACCCCUUCAUAAAAUAUUAGAAAAGCAGCAGUGGAAAAGCUGGUAGCUUAUAAUGACUAAUGAAACAGAUGUUCCAUUUAUAGUCUUUGGAAAGUACCUGUUGGUGGGAUCAAUUUAAUAGAAGUCUGGGUUUAGUUUUCGUUCCUUUUCUUUACUGGCUUUACAAAUCUUGCCAAAAAAUACAUUUAAAUCUCAGACAAUUCAUAUUCAAAACUGUGAAAGCUUCUAUACAGGAAUAGAAAGCCAAAAUUCAGAGUGAAAAAUAGCGACUACAACAAUGUUACAAUAAUCCAUUCAAAAUGCCCUGGGACAGAAAAAACAAACUAUACCAGCAUGUUUGCUUUGGACGGUUAAAACAGACAGAACAUACUGACAGACUUAAAGGGUAAGUUAGCUUAUAUGUCAAAGGGUCACACAGCAUUUACAAGAACUCACUUCCCUUUAGUUUGAAUAGAAAAGUGUCCCAUUGAAUUCCAGCACUGAACAAAAUGUACUCCAGCCCCAUAAAACAUUUUAAGAACCAGAGGUACAGUAUCAGCGUGACAGCACAUUGUUGCAUAACUUUGGGUGUCUCUGACAUAAGUGAAAUGAUCUGCUAGAUAACUUGGAGUGUAAUUCAUCACAGAUGUGUUCAAGUGACGACCGUGAACUAUUUGAGGCUGUGAAAAGUAAUCCCAACAUUGGUGGGGAGAUAGGGAGUGCUUUUUUUUUCUUCUUGUGUGUUUCUGAUGGAGGGGGAAUCACAAAAAUUAACAUCUUGAUCAAUAUGUUUAAGAUAUAUCGAUAUGUAUGUUGCUCUUUUUUGUUUGGUUUGUAGGUUUAGGUCAUGCCUUUAAUGUCAGACUUUUCAGGAAUGCCAAAGUUAUUAUCUGAGACAAUAUCUUUCUAAAAGGAAGACAAAGUCAUGCUCAGCCUCAAUCUUACAAAGAAAAUCCUGGUGAUACUGAUAGCUAAAUAUUUUCCAAAGGCAAAGGUUUUCAGUAUUUAAAACAUUAACUUGAUUAACCAGAUCUUCUUGAUUUUAUCGUAUUUGAGAAAAUCUGAUAAAAGUUUCUGUAAUCACUUGAUUUUGGUUUCCAGCCAGUUUUCUGACCUUCAAGUCAUGCCUGUCAGAGUGGAAAGAGUGGGUCCAAAUAUUCCUAGCAUGAUGGAAAUAAUCCUCCUAUUGACUGUGACUGUGGGCAGGAAGAGCCCACUGACUAAGUGUCAGAUUUGUUUAGUGACAAAGCGUCUGUUUGUCUAGUAGAUCAAGAAACGGUUGUCUCUCUUGGAGUGUGCGUUUGUGUGUACAAGCAAAAUCUCCUUGUCCCCUUUUGACUGUCAUGAAGACUCAACCAUGGCUCCUUUAGAAGAGAUGUAGCUCACAAAUGCACACACACAGGCAGGAAUGGGCCCAACACCACUGCCGUGUUAGAGCAAAUGCUGUGCCAACGUUCUGGUUGACAUUGGCGACCAAAAAUAACAUUGUGUGUGCUUUGAAGUCGUCGAAAAGCUGUGAUCAUUUAGCACUGGAGUCCUUUCCUGACAUGCAAAUAGUUUUCUGAAGCAUGUUCACGGGCAUAAUAAUAAGAACUCUUUUCUCGGAACUUUAGGCCCAGAUUGAAGCCCAGAAGGCCACUCAGGAGUUCCAGAGGGCAGUCGAGAUCCUGCGGGCUGCCAAAGAGACCAUUGCCCUGGCAGAGGAGAGGCUGCUGGAGGAGGACAGUCGUCAGUUUGACUCCGCCUGGCAGGAAAUGCUCAAUCAUGCUACACAGAGGGUACAUACAUGAUGCAAGAGAGCUAAAGUAUUCUUUACGCUUUUUAAAUCUUGGAGUAGGGCACAACUACUAGUAGAAAAGGCAAAAGCAGAUGUUAUUAAGAUUGUUGUGGAAGUUAAAAUCAGUCUUUGGUCAAAAUAAACCUUUCCUAACUGUUCUAGGUGAUGGAGGCUGAACAGGCCAGAACACGCAGUGAAGCAGAGCACAGAAAAACAGCAGCCAACUACAACUCCUGUAUCAGCCACAUGAGGCAGCUAGAGAAGAAACUCAAACGAACAAUCAACAAAUCCAGGUUUGUGCCUUUUCUUCUCCUCCUUCUUUCCUGAAUGGUGCUUUUUUCUUUCUCCCCUACUCGGGCCUCCCUAUGUGUCAGUUUGAGAAAGAGGGGGCUGCAUUCAUGUCAUCUGAUGGAGUCCAGAUGUUUCAUGUGUGGAUUUUGCAAUGUUGGGGUGUGCUCCCUUUGUAAGAGCCAAGGAAUGUGACUGCUCACAGAGGAGUGUUAUUCUUCUUGUCACACUGGGUUAAGUUUUCUCCCUCCAACAUUCAGUUUUUCCUUCUUUGUCUCUCUCUGCAGGCCAUAUUUUGAACUGAAAGCAAAGUAUUAUCUUCAGCUUGAGGUAUGUAUAUUAAGAGGUGGUUUUGUACUGGUUUGCAUUUUCAUAGAGGCCCAUAGAAGCUUCAUUUAGCUAGAAAUCCUAGACUCAGCAAUUGACUUGUAAUGCACCAGACUGCAUUUUUAAUGGCAAAAAAAAGGCAUCCCAAAAAUGAGUGCAGAUGGUGAUGUGGACACAGACACUAUAGAUACAGCAAGAAUGUUACAGUUUGUUUGCCGACUCCCUGAAACAGAUCUGCAUGUACACAUGCUUUCUGGAGACUCUGCCAGCUUGGCUCUGGGAGCAGUGGAACAAAUUUUCUUGCUCAAUAGAGCAAUGGGGUAGAGCAAAGUGCCAGAUUUACAGUCAACGUUUAAGAGACAUCUUCAUAAAAUGUACUGGAAGAGUGUUUAAUUUCUUUUUAGCAGCAUCAGUACUUGAUAUAUUUCUGCACAGACACAUUUUGUCUAUGUUAUAGUUGAUAGAAGUGCUAAACUCGUUUAGCUUUAUAUCCUCAAACAUCAGUUACUAGAAUUAAGCUCUCAGUUGUCAAUUGUCACAAUCAAACCAGCCAGAGCUGUCUUUUGUUCAAGGUGAUUUAGCGAAUGGCAUUUCAUCAUGUUAAACUUAAAAGGACAAACAAAAAACCUGAUUAACAUAAAAGUUUGAGUGUUGGUAUCAUGACUUAUGUUAGCACUUAGCUUGGGUUACUUCUUGUAAAAUUUGUAAAAAUUGUAAAAUUGAUUUCGGGUCAAACACAACGCAACACCGAGUUAGACUCCCUCUCGAGAGAUGAAUGUUGCUGACCACUUGCUUCUCUAGUUACACCAACUUUAGUAACGACCACACGAUAGCAAUACACAGCAGUCUGAAGAGCCAUAAACAAACCUCAACCAAAAUGCCACAAAUAAUGCUCAGAACAGCACCUAACUUCAUCAACAGUACAUAUAGGGUCCCAGCCACAGCACUAGCCACCAAACAUCUUUUUAACUUUGCCUAAUUUCUUUAGCAUAGAGACUAAACACAACUCACCAACUCUCUUCCAGCAGGCAUUUGUUUAUAGCAAAACCUUGGGCGAGUCCAUUACAGACUGCUGCGGGGUGACGCAGCUCAAGGAAGAACAUUCAUGAUCCUUACUUUAUCUUUCCUUGAAGUAAUAAUCACCAUAUUAAUCAUUUUGCACUGCAGACGUGGUAGUUCUUCUGCCUUACUGUCUCUGUCUGAUUGCAUUUCCAUGAAGAAAUUAUCAUAAAUGUUACUAAAGUUGGUGUAGCUAGAGAAGCAAGUGGUCAUCUCUCGAGGGGGUGUCUAACUCAGUGUUACAGUGUGUUUGACCCUAAAUUAAUUUUACGCUGGAAUAUCCCUUUAAAUCCUUGUACAGCCUCAGAAAUACAUUUUAUCUCAUCACUAGUCAAAUAAUAUUACACUUAUUAAAAGCUACGUUGACCCCAAUAAGCUCUAAGAUAAAUCCUUUAAUGAGCAACAAUGGCUGCCAAUGCAGGACUCAAAAUCGUAUUAAUCCUUUAUUAAGAGACUUGCCAAGUGAAACGUAUUCAAUUACCAAGAAGGUGUUUUUACUAAGACUCAUUGUUUGAAAUUCUAUAGCAACUGAAGCGCCAUGUGGAUGAGCGCCAGGCCAAACUCGUCGUUGCCAAAGCAGAGUACCGAUCUGCACUACGCAACCUAGAGAGCAUCUCUGAAGAGAUCCAUGCUCAGAGACGAUCCCUCGCCAUGGGUACCAGGGGGCAAGGUGUCGGUGCCGAGGGAGAUGGAGGCAAUGAGGAUAUCGCCAACUUUAAGAUGGAGUCAGACGGUCUGUCGAGUGAGUAUAAUUAAAAUCUAGGGUCACAGAAACGUUCACUUCAUCCACAGUGUAAGGUUUUUGUUCUGUCGGUGUGUCUGCAUGUUAAAUGUGUGUAUGUGUCUUUCAGUGGUGUCCGUAUCAAUUGACGAAGAGGGCAGUCACUCUAGCAGCUCAGAAGAGGAGUCCGACACUCACUCCACCUCUUCUCCACGAGCCGUGCCUUCCUCUCCCUCCACAUCCUCCUCUCAUCACUCCAUGUCCGCCUCCACCCCACUGGACAUGCCCUGUCCUUACCCCUCAUCCUCCCUCUACACGCCAGGCUCCUACCUUUCCUCCCCUCCCUCGCCCUCUGUCCUCUCCACCUCCUGUCCCAGUGGGCUGGAGUUAGUGACCCCCUGUAGUUCUCAUGACCCAGACUUGUUGUGUGGCUCUGGGCACACCUCACCUCUCCUGGGCCCUCGUAGCCAGUGCAGUGGAGCUUCCUCUCCAGACUGUGACCAGGAGAGAGGUGUGUGGCACAUCACUGUGUACAUGUGUCUUGACUUCUGAUGAUGUCCUUCAUUCUUUAUGUUAAAAUGGUUAUGGUCAAAUAUCUGUAGGUGGUCAAACAAAAAUAGUUAAGCAUGUUUUUACCUAGCGUGAAAACUUUGCUCUGUUAAAUGUUGAUAUUUAUGCAUAUCAGUACGUCCUAAAUUAUGAAUAAAAUGAUGGUAUUAGAUGUGAGGUAAUAGGUUGUGGUAAUUAUUGAUAAAUCAUUGACUUUACCUUGCAGAUUCCCACCAUCACAUGCUCUCUGUUUCUGUGUCUGUUGUAGGUGACAGAGCAGAGGGAGCCGAGGCCACACUAGAAGCCGGUUUGAACAAGCUAACCUUGACUGUAGCACAAAAACAAGAUGAGGACUCUGGGGAUGAAGAAGACGCCCCCUAUGUGAACUCUGAGAUUUCCUCUUCUGGCCCUGCACCUACCAUUCUGUUACUUAACAGUGUUUGAAGGACCUCUGUCAAACUUAAAACUCUGGCUAUUUGCAGCUUUUUAAGCCUUAAACUGACACAGGCGGAGUGUGUGAAGUGGACUGGUGUGUAGAGAGUAAGUUGUACACUCUCUAACCUGACAUCACACCUAUCCAUAUUGUCUGGACAUCGAAUUGUGUCGUGUUGAAGGUGCCACACGUAGUGAUCAGUGCGUUGUCCUCCACAAAGUAAACUGUAGACUUGUGUUUUGUAAACAAAUGGUGCAGGUACUGAGAAUUUGGCCCCUAUUGGUAUAUCCUGUGAUAGUGUUAUUCUUAAGACUUUAUUUUCCAUAAACCAACCUGCUUGUUGCUAAAUAUCAUUAAGCUGAUUUAAUUUGCUCUUUUAAAAAAAGACAAAAUAAGCUAGAAAAUUUUGUGCCAUAAGGAAAAAAAACAAGAGCUUUCCUUCCUUUGACAUAUAACAUCUUGAGGCUGUCAUUUUGCUUUUUAGGGAUAUGUCAGAGUAACAGAUUUGUUGUGUAAAUCUGCUACUACUGUCAUCAGUUAGACAUGUUGUGUAAUAAUGUGAAAAGUCAGACUGUUUUCUCAGUAAUGAAUCUUCAAAUGUGGGUCGACAUGGGACAAAUCAAACUGAGGGAUGUGAGAUAAUGUCUUGUUUUUUUUCCAUGAUCAUUGAACUCCCUUUUUUACUCCUAAACUUCUGGUUGAAUGAAAAGUAGGAUGUGGAGACUGUAAUUGUGGUUGUGGAGGAGCAGUUCUGAAGGAAAAUGAAGUGUAAGCUGCACUUUGAGCACUAAACUAAAGAAGAGACUGUCUGUAGCAGGGACUGAACCUUGGAGACAACAAUGGUCUUUCAUUUGGAUCUAUAAAUAGUGAGUGAAUGUCUUUUUGAGUGGAGCCCAACCAUCUGAUGUGGUGGUAAUUGUAGCACUGAGUGAAUGUUUUUUUUCAGUGUGUGUCUUUGUGUACUUGACUAAAACCUAAAUACUACCCUGUAGAACAAAUAUUCUAUAUUUAUACUCCUGUUUUCUUGUAUAUGAACAGUGUUUAUAUGGGGCUUUUGUUGCGUAACAUAAAAAAAAGCAAUAAAUGUGUUACACUAAACCAAAUAUACCGAAGCACAUCGGUUCAAUUCUUGUGAGCGCUAUCUCAACAAAGCACUGAAGGCUUUAAUUAAUGGGUGGUUAGGUCUCUGUGAUCUCUCGAAGAUGUUUUGACCAUAAAUAAAGAAUUCACAUGCUAACGGUAAGAAAACUGACUACUGUUUAACAGGAUUAGAGCUGUUGUUUUAACCAAAACUGUAAAAGAUCAACUUUCCUGCCCCAGUAAAACACCAUGUAAAACCACUUUCAGACCAUUUUUUUGUUAUGAGGAUAUUUUGAUAAGACCUGGAGAAAAAUUCCUCAAAUGUCCACUUUGACUCAACCUGAUGUGCAGUAAUAGUUGAGGGAACUUUGACCCUUUGUAUUGUGUUCUUUCAAUAACAAUAAUGCAUUAACAAUUGAGAAACUAUCUUUUAAUCCAGCUCAAAUUUCUACUUUGAUAUGGGAAUGCACUUGUAAGAUUCAGGUCAAAAUUCAGGGUCAUGGCCUCUCGAAUAAAAGCACUUGUGUUACCAGGAGGGGAUUUUACAACA